GUCUACGACCCUCUUAGAGUUUUUUACAUUCACAUGUGUGUCUGUGUCUCUAUGUUUAUGUGUGCGUGUGUGAAAUUCAAGGCAGUACGCAAGUCCGUUGGGUACAUACGUUUAUGCUCGUUUCGCAGAAGGGUGAACCGUGCGCGAACCGCACGCGCGAACUUCAUAACAAUAAUAAUAAUGUGUGCGCCGUUCCGUCAUUGAUAAUAAUUAUAAUAAUAACAGACAGUGAACGUGAGUGUCUUGCGGAUUAUAUAGACAAUAUAUAAAUAAUAACAUUGGGACAACUUUCGGUUUAAGAAAUAAUUAUAUUAAAUAUAAUACUAAUAAUAUAAGUGUGAAAAAUGUGAUAAUCUGAUAAAUUCGUUGAGACUCCUACGAUACGUAUCCUCGUACUGUCCAGUGUAUAAUAAAGUGUGUACCAUAUAUGCGGGUGGGCAAUAUUGCCUGACCUUGCGUUGAAAUGGACGAGAACCUGAGCAGGGGUUAUGUAGCCCUGGGCAAACGCAGCAACGUCUGUCCACUGUCUACGCCUCCGGUCGACUAUUUGGGCAAGACUUAUCUGGCUAUGGUGCUGGCUGGUGCUGGUUUUCUGUUCCCAUACAACAGUUUUGUCAUGGCUGUAGAUUAUUUUCAGAAUAAAUACCCCGGGACAAUGGUAGUAUUUGACAUGACAAUGGUGUAUAUCAUGGUUUCUUUUGUUGCCGUGCUGACCAACAACCUAUGCGUUGAAAUGUGGUCUUUUACGUGUCGCAUCAAUAUCGGUUAUGGAUUGACAAUUUCGAUGUUAUUGUUCGUGGGCGCCGUGGAAAUUUUGUGGGAAGAACUAUUUACGCUGCGCAUGUCCUAUUGCCUCAACUUAACGGCACUUGCAGUGAUUGCAUGGGGCGCGACAAUCCAACAAUCCAGUUUUUAUGGUUAUACCAGUAUAUUGCCAACAAAAUACACACAGGCCGUCAUGAUUGGAGAAAGUGCUGCUGGUCUAUGGGUUUCCAUCAAUCGAAUAACGACGAAAAUGUUGACCGAGGACUUAAGGGUAAGCACGUUCAGUUUCUUCGUAAUCAGCCAUCUGGUGGUGAUGACAUCAUGCAUUCUAUUCCAAAUCGUGCAGUCGUCCGAUUUUGUCAAAUUUUACAUUGCCCGAAGUGAAGAGUCGAAGAAAAAAAUCUCGCUGGAACCUACGGAAGAAUACAUCGAUUCCGAACAAUCACAACCAGAACCAUUGGCUGAGACCAGUCUAAGCACUGGAAAAAUAUUUAAAGACGAAAAUCUAUUCAGCUUUGCAAAUCCCAUGUACGACCCGAAUGCCAAUAGUAUGCCCACGUUUAAAGUAGAAGACGUCAUGGUACACGUAGAUACUGGAAACUCUUUUAAGCUUCGAAAAUCUAACUUAUCCGGACUGUGGGAUGCAUUUAAGAGUGGAUACAAUUUGAGAAAGGAAGUAUCAAAAAUCAUAUGGAAACAAAUGUUGGCAAUUUUCUUAUGUUACUUCGUAACGCUGAGCAUAUACCCAGGAGUACUUACCGAUCUGGUCAGCCCUAGAUUUGGCACGUGGAUGCCAGUGCUCGUGAUGACCGUUUUCAACUUAUUCGAUCUCAUAGGAAAGUUAUUUGCUGCGUAUUUGUACGAACGAUGGGACGACAAGAUAUUAAAGAGUACCAAGAAACGUCUACUAAUGAUUCCCGCCAUCCUGCUGGUUGUAUUCGUCCAACAUCCGUUCCAUACAAAAAUCUUAAGCGAGGUCUUAAUUUUUGCGCAGACAGCCAUACUCGGCGUGUCCAAUGGCAUCACAGGCAGCGUGCCAAUGAUCUUCGCACCCGCUAAAGUUGUCGAAGAAAGACGUGAACUUGCCGGCAAUAUUAUGACGAUAUCGUACAUAGCCGGUACGACGGCGGGCAGCUUGUUCGCGUACAUACUGGACCGAAUCAUACACUUCGAAAUCGACUACCCAUUUAGCUCGGCGGGCGAGUACCACAGGUUACCGGGCACUAUCAUGCUCAGCAAUCUCGAGGUGUUCAACCAGAGCAUUUUGAUGGUCGUCGACCCCGUCAACGGCACAUCGUCGUCGCCGUCGUCCGUGCCACUGCUGCAGACUACCGCCUCACACCUCAACACAAUUCAUGUCAAUUCCACAGCGACCAUGUACCCGGUGUAAUAUUCUCGGGCUCCGCAGCCACUAAAUGGUGUCCCACGAAGAUACGCCUGCUUGCGUUUUGCUAUGUCCUUGGAUAAUAAAGACAAUCAAAUUCUGUAAAGAGAAAAACACAAGUAUUCAUAUUUUAAUUACAUUUUCAUGUUUUAGUGAAAAAAAAUAUAUUUUAUAAUUUA